AUGUGUAUUCACAAGCGUAUGAUCUUCAUUCAGUGCGGCCACACCCGCUGGGGCAGUGAAGUAAAAGCCUGUAACCAAAAACUUGCCUUUGACACAUCGCCAACCACAUCCAUUGAUUGCGACACAAUGUAUUCUCACCCAAUGCAUACUGUCAAAAUCACCGAGGUGUGCAAGUCGUGUGAGAUCAAGAGAAGUAAUACAGAUAGAACCGCCGAAAAGUUGAAGCAGGCGUUGAAAGACAUCAGAGAAAGUGUCGCGAGAAUGGAGAAGAUGCAAAAAGUAGUUGAGACUGAAGAGACAGCAGAGGUUGAGACCGCAAAGAAAGCAGAAGUUGACACUGAUGAUGGUGAAGAUUUGGCGGCCUUGGAAUCAUGGGAUUGA